ACAUCACUUCCGUAAACGUCAUAUUGGCGCGAAACGGCAGCGUCUUCAUCCGGCAAAACAUUCGUGUUUUUAUUUACUGAUGUAUUUAUCUUAGAAAGUAAAGACUGCGGCACAAUACAAAUAAAUAUUAUUACUUUGCACUUUUUAAUGUAACUAAAGCCGAGAUGUCGACUACAUCAGUGUCUAAGGGCUGCUUUGUUUUUAAGCCGAACGCUAAGAAGAAAAGGUCGCUCACCGCGGAGGACUACUUCACUGGCUGUUCUGGAAGAGCUGAAAAUAGUAAAGUUCGGUUCGGAAUCUGUCAGAAUUUGUGGGACAGAAUCAAAUCGGAAACAGAGGCUUUACAGGAUGAACUUAACAGAAACGUUUUGGACAGCUUGCUGGACUUGGCCAGGAAGUGCUCAUCCACUCAUCGCAGUAGUGACUGGGCAUCAAAGAUGAGAGCCAGUGAGAUUCCCACUGCAGCUCUGGUCCUUGGUGUGAACGUCCCAGAUCAUGACAUGACCUUCCAGAGUCUGUCUGAGCUGCUGCAGCAGUCCGUCACUCCUCAUGUGGCCUCUGUACAGGCCAACGAGUGUGCGACACUAAAGCACUUGAUGAAGAAGGUGCUAGAGAAGUUGACAGGUGCAGUUGUGGAUGAGGAGGACGACGACGAGGAGGAGACUGAGCAGAUGAGUGCACAGCUGCACAGGAGUGCACACUGCUCCUUCAGUACACUCUGUGAUUGGUACAACACGAAAACCAGGAAAUCCAGUAGUGGUACUCCUGGGAAAAAGCGCAGUUCUCCAUCCAAGGAUGAACCGCCACGGCCUCCUGUGGUGAUCAUUUUUAAGGACCUGGAGGCUUUUAAUCCAAAAGUUCUACAAAACUUUAUACUCAUCUGCAGUCUGUACAUUGAACGUCUUCCGCUGAUGUUCAUCUUUGGCAUCGCCACGUCUCCCAGCACCGUCCAGCACAUGCUGCCGCACUCUGUGUCCUCGCUGCUGUGCAUCGAGCUCUUCCAGUCCCUGUCCUGCACCCAGCACCUGGCCACAGUCAUUGACAAAUUGAUCCUGACACCACAAUUCCCUUUUAAACUCAAUGCUAAAGUGAUGCAGGUGCUGAUCAGCAUCUUCCUCUACCACGACUUCUCAGUGAGGAACUUCAUCAAAGGUGUUCAGUUGGCUCUGCUGGAGCACUUCCACUCUCGGCCGCUCAGUGUUCUGUGCUGUGAGAAGAAGGAGGCUGUGCAGAACCUGCUGCAGCUCAGUCACCAGGAUCUGGAGCGAGUCAGGCAGCUGCCGUCGUUUAAGAGAUAUGUGGAGGAGCUGGACCGACAGGAACAAGUCAGUCUGUCUUCAGAUGACGGUCAUUUGAAGGAUGUGUGUCUGAAGCUGAUUAAGAAACUUCACAAAUACCACAAAAACUACUACCCUGUCCUGAGGUGCCUCCACACUCUGACCUGCUCAUUACCCCGAUACCCUCUGGGAAAACAGAUCAGAGAGCUUCAUUUAAUAUGUCUGGAGAGCAAUGUGUGGGAGAGUGAGGAUUAUCAAUCUGCCCUGAAGCUUUUAAAGAUGCUGGCGAAAGACGAGCUGAUCUCACUGCUGCAGAAGUGUGCGGAGAUUCUUCAGGCUGUCAAGUCCAAGAAGAUGAAGAGGGCUUUUGUCCAGCUGGAGGAGCUGCUGGACAAAUUCAAGCAGUUGGAUACAGCUGCAGAGACCGUCUCCAGCGUGGAGGAGAUCGUCACCUCUCCAGUGAGGAAUCUUCAGAAGAAAACUGACCUGUUUCAGCUGCAGAAGACACUCCUUGAGAUGAAUGAGUCUCGGCGAUCAAAGAGACUGAGUCCAUUUGAAGUUCUACGAAAUGAAGCUCUGGAGUUCAUCGAAGGAUUAGUCAAGAAUCACCUUUUCCCUCCAGAGUCCCAGACACUGUAUGAAGUCUGCUACUACAGCUCCUCUGCCACAGUGAGGCGCCACCUCAACGCUACACCUCGAACCUCUGUUCAAGCUGCUCUCAGCAGUCCUUAUUAUUAUAUUCAGAAUGACAAGCUAAAGGCUGAGGAUGGGUCAGUGUCUAAUGCAGCUCCAGAUAUCUGCAUCGCCUACAAGCUGCACCUGGAAUGUGGCAGACUGAUCAACCUGUACGACUGGCUGGAGGCCUACUCCACAGUGGUUUCUGCUGCCGAGGGCAAGGAUCCAGACUCGGAGGAUUUCGGGAAAGUUGACGAAGUCAAACACGCCCGUUUCAUCCGAGCUGUCUCCGAGCUGGAAUUCCUGGGCUUUAUUAAAUCUACCAAGCAGAAGACGGACCACGUAGCCCGACUCACCUGGGGAGGCUGCUGACAAAUACACUGUAAGAGUUAGGGGGAGGAGACCUGCAGAUGCUUUCUCCAACUGUAGCACUUGACAAGGGUAUAUAUUUUGGAAUAUAUUUGGAUUCAAUAAAGGACAUUCAUUGAUGUUUUUCCACUGCA